UCCAAGCCAGAGAACACACCUGGGCCACGGUGUGGGGCAACCGUGACGAUUGGAGCAGUCCGACAAGCCGAAGCCGUUGCAGAGGCGGGCUCGUCACCGGGAGCCAUGGUGACAAGCUCGGUGUGCCGACCGCUUCGGAGUUCCGUGGUGAUGACGGAGAUCGCUGACCUCCACCAGAAAUGUUGGAUUCGAACGAGGAGUGGCCAGCAGUGGACGCUGCUCCGUCAGUAUCUCAGGAGCCACAUCGAAGGACGGAUUCGGGCCCUUGGUGCAUCUCGAAAGCAGGUUCAACUCUACCGCAUCCAAAGACAUCCUGGAGAGUACCGUGCUUCUCGAAGUCUUGGACGAGUCCUUUCCGGACGGCUUCUUUUACUAGCAGCAAGACAGGAGCCAUGUUCAUAUGGCAACGUCGGUGUUUACCCAGGCUUACGCCGACGAUACGGUUAUAGUGAUCUCCGCCGUCAACCCACUGGAAUUAGAAUCAAGGCCUCGACGACUCCUAACCGCACCUCUGAUCGGGCCUACAGAAAUGAGACAAUGUUCACGCCGUAAUAAAUCACUAAGACAAGGCAUCGCGGACGGCCAGAUAUAAGAAGAAAAAAAAGAGCAACAGGUGGAAGGAGCGACGUUAGGCUGCGAGGGCGAAAGCUUCUCGCAUUCGACAGCAACAUCACUGCCUUUAAUUGCUACUGGCCAGAGAACUACGCGUACUGCUUUACUCCCUUCAUUGAGGCAAACAAUACUCCAUGAUCUGUACACGGUUGACAGAGGAAGACCUAAUGACGAAAGUGUCACACACAUAAAUAAAUGGGAGGUGAAAAUGCGUUACCAGCAUGCGCAAGGAAUGACCAGCACGCGCAAGGAAUGACGACGGCCCCGCAGUACACGCGGAGCGGGCGAUUUCGGUCAAUUAUUCAAGACCGCGGACGCUGUGACACGUUGGCCUUUCAUGGCUCCGCGAGGACACACACACAAUGAGGUCACGCGUGCGGCGUGAUUUCGAGGAACUUCCGCAUCCUCCCUCCUCUUUUUUGCCACACACACACACACGCAAGCACACACACACCCACACACACACACAAAGGCGCGCUCGCUCAGGAACCCCUCUGCAGUUACGUGGACAUCCGCUCAGGUCUGCGAUCGAUGCGAGAGUGCUGGACCGAUCUCCAGCAUGGAUUCGCUCGGAUAUGGAUGAUGGCAGGCAUUCGUCGAUGUGAAGCCUUUCGCAUCUUUCCGGCACUCGUUUAGCUGCUGGAAUCGGGCGCUGGUGAGGCGCUCCCGAGAGUUGUUGAGAAAGCUCGCGAAACAGCGAAUGCGAAAGUGCGAACUUCUUGCGCGUCAAAACGCAGCUACAUGUAGUGGCUGGAAAUUGAAAAGUAAAAGGAAUUUUUCAAGUGAUCAGUCCACUUGUAAAUUACAGAAAGCUGAGACGCAAGAAAUGUUUUCAAUAACCACUGCGUACUACUGUUGCAACUUUUCGGGACGUUGUCACGCAGGUGUGCUUUAUUAUUAAAUCGGUGUGCAUAGUAUAUGUUGCGGUUGGUUAUUUGGACCCUAACAACAUUUCUGGUAAAAAAGGGCGGCUGCGAGUCUACCAAUAUGAUUGCAUGAAGACGAAAGCGAUAACAAUGAGAAGGCAGUGCUUUAUAAGUAAUAUUUUUGUCUAAUUGCGAACUACCGUUGCUUGAUGCACUAAGUGCCUCGCUGCACGGUGACUUAUGCGCGAGGGAAGCACGAAGCUGACAAGCAACUUCAUUGCUUAGUGCGAUUUUCUUUCGCUAGUCGAACUAUGACAGAAACUAAGUGAGGCAAGGAGCUCGAACGCGGAUUAUUGCAGUCUAAAAUACUGACUGGUUCUCCUUUCACACAUUUUACUUUCACUUUACUUGCACUAGCUUCAGUACAAAUAAGUUCAUGCUUGCAGGAAAAUAAAUCA